AUGAUUCCAAGCCCGGUCAUAACUUCUUCCACCACGCCUUUUUCUGUGAAGGACAUUUUGAAGUUAGAGCUGCAGCAACAAUCUCAGCAGCACCAGCUCCAGUUUAUCUCCUGCUUCGGUCUCUCUGGCGCGCUGUCACAGUCUGGAGCUUUCCCAAAUAAAUCGUACCGCUCUAACUCGCCGCCCUCCUGCAUGUUGGCAGGCAGAGACAGUCCGAGUCCCAUCAGCUCCUGCCUGUCGGAGAGCGAGGAGAGGAUGUCGUACCUCAACACGCUGGCUGCACAGGAGCGGUUGGUGGAAUCCGGUCUGCCGGUGGAGGUGUUUGGCAACCCGGGACAGAACCACUCUGCAGAGCUCCGGCUGGAGAACGAGCAGGAGGAGCAAGACAGCAAGAGCUGCGCUGCGCUGCGGGGUGACUGUGAGGAUCCAGAUUCGGAGAAACCCGCCACCAAGCAGCAGAGGACCAGGAGGAAACCCCGCGUCCUCUUCUCUCAGGCUCAGGUGUUCGAGCUGGAGCGACGCUUCAAGCAGCAGCGUUACCUGUCCGCCCCGGAGAGGGAGCACCUGGCCAGCUCCCUGAAACUCACCUCCACCCAGGUCAAGAUCUGGUUCCAGAACAGGAGGUACAAAUGCAAGAGGCAGCGGCAGGACAAGAGUCUGGAGAUCGCAGGCCAUCACCAUCACCACCACCACCCGCCGCCGCCGCCAAGGAGGGUGGCCGUGCCGGUGCUGGUCCGAGACGGGAGGCCUUGUCUGACCGGAUCCCAGAACUACAAUCCUCCUUACAGCGUCAGAGCUCCGAACCCGUACAGCUACAACGGCUAUCCAGCCUACAGCUACAACAACUCGGUGUACACUAACACCUACUCUUGUACUUACUCGAGUUUACCUGCUCUUCCGCCGAGCAACACCACCGCUAACGCUUUCAUGAACAUGAAUUUGGGAAACCUCGGUGCACAGACGCAAAGCCAUGCCCCUCAGGGAGCAGUGGUCACACCCUGCCAAGGAACUCUGCAGGGUAUCCGGGCAUGGUAGCGCAGUGUUUACGCGCAAUCACUGCUGGGAGACACUUCUCUGGGUGGAUGAAAGGACUCAUGCAUGUAAACCCGGUUACCUAAUGCAAUUAAGGCACAAUUUCAAACUCCGUAACACAUCACAGAAAGUACAAGGGGGGUGGCUGUAGCUCAAAGGAGGCAUAUGAAGAAAAUGUAAUGAACUGACUGAGAUUAAAAACACACAUAUAGUUUACGCAUUUUUCUCUGAGCCGUAAUGUUUAGAAAAGUCGAAAACUGUUGUUGGGUUAUUGUGGGAAUUAAUGUCGCCAAUGCGCAAAAGCUGUGCGUAAUGGUUCGAAAUGGACCUAGUGUGUAUCUAAAAAUAAAGGGAAACUGUUUGGUCGUUUUCAUUUACGCAUACACGUUUUGUGUAGAAAGUCUUUCAAGAUUUUUUUUUUUUUUUUACAGCUAAGCUCAUUUAAUUUGAUGCCCGAAAUUGCAAGAAAAUAACAAAAUCAAGCACAAGAGCGAGAAAAGUUUUGUACUAUUAUGUUUGUUAAAUUGUUUUGUUUUAACCAGUGGGAUUUGUAUUUGACCUGGAGCCAUUGUUUCUACUCUAAAACAAAGUGGGUGAACACUGAGAGCCCAUGACCUGAAUAAAACUUUUACGCAA